AUGCCUCAAUUAAACCCAAGCCCCUGAUUUUUUAUCAUGCUCACCUCAUGACUGACCUUCUCUCUAAUUAUCCAACCCAAACUCCUAUCAUUCGUAACCACAAACCCCCCAUCCAACAAAACACCCACAACCACAAGCACCACCCCCUGAACCUGACCAUGAACCUAA